GAUUAUGAAUGGCGGCAGCUCCACAAUUGGGUUUGCAUAAUAGGACGUUUGUGUAUUUCUUUCUGUCUCUGUUACUAGUCCUCUUUCUUCACUGCGAGAAGCAAUAUCAUAAAACUUUCCGGUCUUACUGUGAUUAAUUUGGGGUACUCAUCUUUAUUACGUCCUUUACACUCACAGUGCUAAUUCUACCAAAUGAAUACAGCUUAUGGCAGGAAUAGGACAGCGUUUCACUUCUGCUGACCACUCUGUUCCUUGGAACACUCAGACUCAAUAUAAUAUGGGGAGGGCUAUGGUACAUGAUUACAAUAAACCUGUCGCCACUUACGGCAGCAAUUUCACAAAAAGGCCUCUGUUUAGUGCUGGUAAUCCGGUGAAUACUGGGGCACCUAGUUUCAGUGAUAUUGCAACGCUUUCAACGAGUGGUUAUAAUUCUAGACCUGGGUCUUCUCAGCGUAAUGGUGAGCUCAUCAGUUCUAUACCCAAUGCAUUCUCUGGAAGAACAACAUAUCCUACUGCACUAGAUUCUAGUCUGGAAAAUGGUCCUUCAUAUUUCAAUGCAUUGAAUUAUAAUAAUAGUCAGACUGGUCCUGCAAGGAAUUUCUCUGAACCUUCUCUUUUCUCUUCGUUAUCCACCAUCAAUCGGACAGCUGGGAAUGACUUAACAAACAACAGAAUUGGGCCCGGAAGUAUUACCCCGUCAGUUCCUAUAAACACUGCUAUGGCCCUGGCAUCUCGUAACCCUGGAAAUCUUUACUCAAACUCAAUCGGAAAUGAAAAUACUUCUUCGAAUUCCACAAACCUUUCUUUAUCUUCGUCUUCACGUGGUGUUACUUUAGAUCCUUCAGAUUUCCCUCCAAUUUUAACAUCUACUGGGCGGAGUGGGAAUUCUUCCGCACCCUUUCAUUCCUCCUCAAACCAGCCCCCCUUGCGGAACUAUGUUUCCAUUAUGUCAAAAGGGUCUUCAACCAUAGAUCAGAGUUUAAAUCAAUUAAAUCAACAAUUUAGUCAUUCUUCAAAUAACCAGGCAGCUCCUCUGGAAUUUUCUAAGCAGGAUUUCCCCGCUUUACCUGGUUCGCACCAACCUACCACUAGCACUACUACGACAGUGUCGACGACGAGUGCCUUAACUGUCAAUUCAACAUCUGCUCAUCGUUCCUUGUCGGCUAGUUCCAUAACCCAAACUCCUGCUUCUACAAACUCUAGACGAUUGUUUAGCCAUACGUCCAACCACGUUUUAGGACCAUCAUCAGUCCGCAAUCAGCCGGGAUAUUCAAAUGUUCCCUCUAAAUCUGUUGGCUCCUCAAACGGUAUACAGUUACUUCCUAAUCAUUUAGUCACAAAUAUUCCUAAAAAUAUGAUUUGUGAUCAGUUCGGAAUGUUAGGUUUAUUGAAGCUGAUUCGCGUUGGUGAUUAUGAUGCUACGUUGAAUAUGCUAGCUCCUGGAUUAGAUUUAUCCUCAUUACACAGUAAUUGGCAGACACCUGGUGAACUUCAUACCACCUUUGUUUCACCUCUUCAAGAUUCUUGUUUUGGCCGUCCACAAGAUAUGGAUUAUCCUGUUCCACCGGAAUAUCUUAUACGACAUUUAGUUACAGAUCGUCUACCUGAUCCACCUAUGAAUCAAUUGUCAGAAGAGACAUUGUUCUGGUUAUUUUAUAAUUGUUGUCGAGAAGAAGCACAGUUGGUUGUAGCGAAAGAACUCUAUCAACGUGAAUGGCGAUUUCAUAAAAAAGAACAAAUAUGGCUUACUCGUAUAGUGGGUGCCAAUUUCACGUCAGAUAACAACUCUGAACAAGGUGAUUACUAUUUUUGGGAUCCUGUUAAAGCGCAAAAGUCUACCCAUCAAAUGACUAUCUUAUAUUCAGAUCUUGAUAAUGCACCAGCAGCAUUUCGUCUUAGUUCAGGCACAUUAAGUGCCUUUGUGAGUAUCGGUUUACCUGGUGGUUCGCAUAGUAAUGUUCCACCACCACCUCCACCAUUACCACAAAAUCAACAACAACAGUUAGUUAGUUACCAACAUCAAUCACGUCAGGCGCAACAAGGCCAGCAAACAUUUUCGCAUACACAUCAUCAAACACUUAUGAAUAAUCAUAAUCCUAAUACAUCAGGACCAUUUAUUCCGUUUACUGCCAAUUCCCUGACUACUGGACCAUCGGUCAAUUCAUCAAAUGCUGCAACGUUAGCUAGUCUGUUCAACACUCGUCAACAGCAACCAAUUAAGCAACCACAACAACUGAAUUCAAAUCCAAAUUAUUUUUCAUCUCAUAAUCGAACUACUGGUCCUGUAAAUUCAUUGUUCACUAAUCGAUCAGCUCCAGUAUCAGUUCCUGUGACUAAUACAGUGAUUCCUUCUACAGAAACUACAUCAACUACUAAUUCAAACUUUAAUCGGCUGUCCAAUCCAUCACUUGUUAAUGAUAAUCCCAGUCAAGUGGUUUUUGAUGGUUCACAAAUUUAGAUAUAUAUAUAUAUACUAUAGUGUGUACUAUAGUGUGUAACCACUUAUCUUUACCUUCUUUCUAUUCUGCUUAUCUUUCACACUAUUAUUCCAUUUAUGUCCAUUGUUCUUUCUUCGUGAAUAUUAUUCUGCCUUCUUAGAAAAACUUGUCGUUUAUUUUGUUAACUUUUUGUUAAAUAAAUUAGUAAAGGAUACUUUUUAAUUGCAAUUAUUACUGUCCCUUCACUUGUUUCAACUAAUCUUUUUGAUUGGUUAGUAGUUAAUGUGUAUAUCAAUGUAGAUAGGGUAGGUUUUCAGAAUGUAUACUCAUAGUAGUGGUAGUAGUUAUACUUAGUGUGUGUGUAUGUGUGUUUGAGUAGAAUGGAUUUUCCUGAUCAUUCCAACUUGAAUAUCUUGUAUUUUUACAGGUCACUUUAUUCCUUCUCUAACUCCCGUUUUCCUCUGUUUUGUACAACUUCACUCACUCAUUUUAAAAAUCUUAGUUUCAACAUUUUUCUUCAUUGAAGACACAGUUCUUGAAAGAUUAAAUAGACGUGUGGAUAUUACUUCCUUUUGUAUUCUGCACCAUUUUCUUCUGUUUCACGCUUAUACAUACAUAUUUAAUAUCUAUCUAUUGUCUUUAUUUCCUCGCUUAUACUUGGACUCGUGUAUUUGUAUAAAAACCUGGUCAUAGAGAGAGAGAGAGAGAGUGGAAACUAAUAUUAGUUAAUCGGCUAAAUUAAUUAUAACUUAAGUAGUGUUAGCAUAAAUAUUGUGCUGUAUAUCAUAUCCCAUUUUUCGUGUGAUCUUCCCCUUAGGAUAUAUAUAAUAACUUAGAGUUUUCGCCUCUUUUCUUACUGUGUCUAAUUUUUAUUGUACUUUGUCUGUCUGUGUAUGUGUAUAUUCUGAUCAGAUAGAGGUAAAUAUUCCUU